GCAAUUCAUAAUUAUCAAAAUGAUGAGGUGAUAGUUAAACAAAUGGAAUCUUUCAUCCAUUCCAUACAUCAUCAACCAUAUGAUCAAUUGAAAUAUUACAAAAUUGAUCAAUCUUCAACAUUGAUCACAUCAAAUCAAUUUGUGAAUCAUCCUCGAUCAAUGAUCAAUUCAGAUAGGUGUGAAAUGAAUGCGGAUUAUGAACAAAAUUUAAUUGAUACAAAUGAAUCAUGGAAUAGUGGUGGUUCAAAUUGGAAUAACAAUAAUAAUGAUAAAAAUUAUAAUAAUCAUUUGUUACUACUUAUUAGUAGUAUAAAAAGAAAUCAAAUUGAUUCAUUCGAAUGGGGUUGUCUACGAUGUUUCAUUUUAUUGAAUUCAA